UUGUAAAUUAGAUCAACCUUGCGCAGCUCCCUCCAGCCAGGAAAGCACAAAAUCACAAAAAAAAACAAAGAAAAAAGAAUGCAGGCUCUGACCCUGAGCAAGAGGCUCUCUACAUCCAAGCCUCUCUUCAGAAUCUCUCCUAACCUCUUCGCUCAAUCAUCAACCACCUCCUCCUCUUCCACCACCUCUCCGCCACCUUCGUCACCGAUCUCCGCCGCAGAUGGCGGCUCCUCCUGCCAUCCCUUGGCUCUCCUCAGCUUACCCCGCGCUCCUAGGUCCGCUACCCAAAGCCUCCGAACUGGUGUCUCCGGAUCUGACGUUAGAGAUGCGAAUCUCGCUGGAGGCCAAGUGCGCGCUUAUGAGGUUCUGAAACUUUAUCGCCCCUGUUACGGAACCGGAAUAGCAACUUUCAAGGUUCAGCCUCACGGUGCAGCUGGUUAUGCCACUGCUACUACUACUGGUGAUAGCAUCCAGAGGAAGGAGCGAGACAGUGGAUUGAGGAAUGUAGGUCCGAAGACGAAGAGAGAGCAGCUGCUAAAAGCCACUGCACUUGUCCCACUUCUUUUGAUAUUCCCGAACGCCUAUUCCAUGCUCGCAGCGAAUCUCUUUGUAUUCUGGCACAUAAGUGCUGGUAUUGAAGAGAUUUUGGCCGAUUAUGUCCACCAUGAGAUGACCCGAAAUUACGUCGUGAUUGCUUUCAAAUUGUUCUUGAUAAUUGCAAUGAAGGAUGUGUUCCUGAAAUUUGUAUUUGUAUAAUCAGAUAGCUCAUUAAAAUUGUGCUUGCAUUUCUGCAUAAUAUGAGCCCGAUGAGGUGUAGACAUGAGAAAACCCUUAUUUCCAGUUUUCAGUUGGUUAUUAGAGGUGAGGCAACAUGAUGAUUUUCUGAUUUAUAAAGUUAAUGAAUGUCUUUUAGGCUGCGUUUGUUUCUGAGAAUAGAACAGGACAAGACACUGAGAACAGGACAGGACAAGACACUGAUGGACAGAGACACAAAAUUGUGUUCUUGUAUUCUGUUUGGUGAUAAACUAGAACAAAUUAUGAAAAUCUAUUUUUUUUUUUUCAUUCAAAAAAUUUGAGAUGAAAUAUAUAAUAAUAAAAAAUAUAAUUAUGAAAAAUUAACAAAAUGAAAAAAGAAUAAAAAAUAAGUUGUGUCUCUGUGUCUUUCCUGUCAGGAUGGACACAAAAUACACUAAUUCAGUGUUUCUGGACACACUGUCUCUGUCCAUGUCUCCUCUGUCAAACAUGAUUUUGUGUCUCUAUGUCCAUGUCUCAGUGUCCUAUCUCUAUAAACAAACGUAGUUUUAGUGUGUAUUGCUCAAAUUUUGGCAUCUAUAGACUAUGAUGCUUAUGUUAUGGUGGUUAAAAUUAAAGUAAUAUUUUUUUAAGAUUUAA